UAUGUGUGUGUGUAGUGUGUGUAGUUUGUGUGUGUGUAGUGUGUGUGUAAUGUGUGUGUAGUGUGUGUAUAUGUGCAUAUGUGUGUGUAGUGUGGGUAUAUAGUGUGUCUGUGUGUGUAGUAUGUGUAGUGUGUGUAGUGUGUGUGUAGUAUGUGUCAUGUGUGUGUAGUGUAGUAUGUGUAGUGUGUGUGUAGUGUGUGUGUCUAGCGUAUGUGUGUGUUGUAUGUGUAGUGUGUGUGUGUAAUGUGUGUGUGUAGUGUAUGUGUUUCUACUUAUUCCACUGGAAGCCAGCCAGGACCCUCCCAGCACUCCAGGCUCUUAUUUUGCACACAGACAUUUUCUUGUUUUCUUGAAAACCCACAGCUCACUUCAGCAGAUAAAGAAAAAAAAACCCCAAACAUUAAACCAGGCUCUGUGAUUGGCUGAGAGCAAAUUUAAACAGGCUCUGUGAUUGGCUGAAAGGGAGCCGAGCUGUAUCACUUCCUUCAUGUCAUCGCUGGAAACUCUCUAGUCAUGAAAACUCAACCACGAGUGUGUGUGUGUGUGUGUGUUUGUGCAGAUACUGUAUGAGAAAGGCGAACUGAACUGAAUUUUUUCCCAUAUGUUUAUCUACAGUUUUCCCCAGAUGUCCACAGCGAGGUGUCAUGACCUGGAAAAAGCCAGAGAGCGAUAAGACUUUGGACUGAGGAUGAGGGGAUGAGGGGAGGAGACAUUGUGUACAUAUGUAACACUGAGACAGUGACAAAGCCCUACAUAGCAUGUUUCCUGUAAUCACUACAAAUCUCAGUCGCAGAGCCGUGAAAUGCUGGAAAAGCCGGCGCACCGUAGCUACAGUCAUCUCCGGCAACAAGAUCUCACAACACGUGAUGGAGCGUCUGAAAAAGGAUGUAGCGGAGAUGAACCGCCAGCAUCCAGGCUUUAGACCAGGCCUGGUGGUGUUACAAGUUGGAAGCAGAGACGACUCCAAUCUUUACAUCAGUAUGAAGUUAAAGGCAGCAGUCAGUAUCGGAAUGAAUGCCAACCACAUCAGGCUCCCGAAUACUGCUUCAGAGGACGAGGUGCUGCAGAGCAUCACGCUGUAUAACGAGGACCCUGAUGUUCAUGGACUCAUCAUCCAGCUUCCUCUAGACUCCAUCCACCACAUCAACACUGAGAAAGUCACCAACGCUGUGGAUCCAGACAAGGAUGUGGACGGUCUUUGCAGUGUAAAUGCAGGGAAGCUUGCUCGAGGUGAUCUGCACAACUGCUUCAUCCCCUGCACACCGAGUGGCUGCAUGGAGCUCCUCAAACACACAGGUCUUUCUGUAUCAGGUAAGAAGGCUGUGGUGAUUGGACGCAGUAAGAUCGUCGGAGCUCCCAUGCGUGAUCUCCUCAUGUGGAACCAUGCCACUGUCACCUGCUGCCACUCCAAAACUCCAGAUCUUCCAGCAGAAGUGAAGAAGGCAGAUAUCCUGGUGGUUGGCAUCGGGAAAGCCGAGAUGUUGAAAGGCGACUGGAUAAAAGAGGGCGCGGUGGUCAUCGACGUUGGCAUUAAUUACAUCCCAGACAGUAGCAGACCCUCAGGUAUGCGGGUGGUGGGAGAUGUUCACUAUCCGUCAGCUAAGGAGCGAGCAGGGUUCAUCACUCCGGUUCCUGGUGGAGUUGGACCCAUGACUGUUGCCAUGCUGAUGGAGAAUACAGUAAAGAGCACUCAGAAGUUUCUGCAGACGUACAGACCGGGGAAAUGGAACGUGACAUACACCAAGCUGAAACCACACAAACCUCAAGCAAGUGAUGCCCAAAUCUCUCAGUGUGCUACACAGAAAUCUGUUCAUCAGCUGGCUAAAGAAAUCGGGCUGCUGUCAAAGGAGAUGGAGCCGUACUUCAGGAGCAGUGUGAGGGUGAGUCUGGGCGUCCUGAAACGAUUCAGCAAACAGCCUGAUGGGAAAUAUGUGGCAGUCACUGGAAUAACUUCCACGCCGUUAGCCGAAGACCGUCACGCUGUCGCUCUGGGGUUAGCUCAUGCUUUAGGGGAACAUUUAAAGGUCAAUGCUCUUGCCUGCAUUAGACAGCCAUCUCUACAGCACUGUUUAGCAGGAGCUGUUGUUAGAGGUGGAUUCUCACAGAUCUCCAUGGAGGAGACCGGGUUCCAGUUCACAGGACACUCAGAGGCUGUUUCAGCAUCCAGUAGCCUCAUCACAGACACCAUGACAGCUUACUGUCACUACCAGGCCAAGCUCUCUGACCAGGCUCUUUUUGACCUCUUGGUUCCAGUCAGAGACGAACAUCGAUCCUUCUCAUCAUCCCAGCUGAAAAGGCUACAGAGACUUGGUGUUGAGAAAUCCGACCCCUCAACCCUGACCCGAGAUGAGAUUAGACGCAUGGUCCGGUUGGACAUUAAUCCAGACACAAGGACGGACCGCACGUCUCUGGACGCUGAGAUGAUGGCCAUCGUGUCUCUGAGCAGGAGUCUAGAGGACCUGCAGGACAGACUGGCUCGGGUGGUGGUGGCUAACAACAUGUCUGGAGAGCCGAUAACCGCAGAGGACCUGGGUGUUAGCGGUCAUGUAGGUCUGCUGUUGAAGGAAUCCCUGAAACCAUGUUUGAUGCAGAUGCUGGAGGGAACUCCCGUCUUUUUUCACCCCAGUCCAUUAGCUGAUGUCGCAUGGGGCAGUCCAUCCAUCGUGACAGAUAAAAUGGCUCUAAAAUUGGUGGGACCGCAGGGUUUUGUGGUCACUGAGACGCCUGACUGUGAGAACUUCUUUAGCAUCACGUGCCGCUCCUCAGGCCUGCGACCACACAUGCUGGUGUUGGUGACGUCUGUAUCAGACCUGAAGACGUACGGCAGCGGACCAAAAAAAAACCUGGAGCGGCUGGAGGAAGGCUGCGCUCUCCUGAAGAGGAGGUUAGAGACGGCCAAGGCAUACGGAGUACCUGUAGUGGUGGCUGUAAACACCUUCGGUUGUGAUACGGAGACUGAGGUGGAGCUGGUGUGUAGGCAGGCGAGGUGGUUUGGAGCGCUCGAGGCAGUGCGGUGCACUAUUUGGUCUGAAGGGGGCGCUGGAGCACUGGAGCUUGCACACAGCGUUCAGAGAGCGGCUGAGAUCCAGGGAACGCUUCACUUCACCUGCGAGCUGCAGAUGUCUGUGAUUGAGAAGAUGAGAAACAAAGCCCAGCAGAUGUUUGGUGUUGAAGAUGUGGAGCUUUCAGCUAAAGCCAAAAAGAAGCUUGAACUUUACAUAAAACAGGGUUUCGGACAUUACCCAGUGUUCAUCAGGGACAGUCACAUAUAUAAGAGGAAUGUGAAGGUGCUGCUGAUUUCAGAUGUCCAGGCCUACGCAGGAGCAGAACUGCUUCACUUUAUGGAUUGAGUUCCAUUGCUGGAGAAAAUGAGGCCACGUUCGGAGAAGCUUCUCUUCCGCAUGUCACCCGAAGUGUCCAUCAGGAGAAGCAGCUGCAACUCGCCAUGUGUGUGUAUGUGUGUGUGUGGUUUAAUUAUAUGAGUAAAGCUCAAUGUACACAGCCUCCUAUGAUUAAUUCAGGCAUCUGAUGUUACUACUACACAAACACAUGUAUUUUCACUACACAAGUGGAGAGGUCUGUUUUGUAGUCCACGAUCCUUUCCAAUCAACUUGUUCUAUAACACAGCUCUAUGAAGUUGUAUAAAACACAAAAUCGGUUUAAAAUAUAUUAGAGUUGUGUUUGCACAUGACUUUAAUCACUUUGAUCAUUUAUAUGCACUUAUAUAUGCUGUACUUUAUCUGUACUGUAUAUGUGAAUAUAACACACUUAAAGAACGGUUCUUUCACGGUUAGAAAGAAUCAGACAUUUUAAUGAUUAACAAUCAGGGCUCAUAUUCAUGACAUGUGAAGUUUCUCCUAGUGAUAAAUUUCUCAUAAAUGUGGCGUUUCUCCUUAAAAUUAAAGAGAAGAUCACAGUGAAGAUAAAAGUUCUUCAUAAAGCAUCUUAACCCUUAAAAGAGCUCAUAAGGUCAAAAAGUGUUAGGAGAAGUGAGGAGGACCUUAAGAAGAUUAAGAGUUUCUUUUUCACAGGAGAAAAUGGCUGAAAGGUGAAGAGGGAGAAUAAAUGUGUUGUGUACAAUAUUUAAUAAUGAUAGUGAGUUAAUAAGAUGCUACAGAUUAGAUCGUGUAGGGAUUAUUUUUGUGAUUAGAGAUAACAUCUCAGACAUUAUAUAUUCUGCCGCUGUGUCAUUUAGUGAUACUGUAACAUCUCAGAAACAGAGCUGAAUAUACCAGACAUAAUACACCAGAUAUAAAUGAUAUAAUUUGUCUCUAUGACAUUUCCGCUCUGGGUCUGAUAUGUUUACUUUUUUACAUUCAUUACAUUUAUUCAGAGAUGGGGGACUCGAGUCAUAUGACUUGACUUGAGUCAGAUUAAAGUUAUAAAUUUUAGACUUGAGACUUGCUUGAUAAAUAUUAAAAAAAGACUCGACUUGACUUUGACUUGACAUUCAUGACUUAUGAUUUACUAUAACAUACAGAUGUUAGAACAUCUCUAAUAUGAUCGGUCACCAACGUAAUCCCUACAUCAUAAAACCUUAAAUAUCUGAACAUAGAGACAAAGAGAAGGUUUAUAAUAGAGCAAAAUUUAAAAACUUUCCUAUUUUAUUUAUUGAACAACCAAUCACAGUCUUCAAAAGAUAAAGUUGCUGGAUUACUCUUAAGAUAAAAUUCACAGGUAUAAAUGUUUAAGAUAAAUUAGGAGCUCUCUGUGAUGACCACCAGCCCAGAUGUUUCAAGUUUUCAUUUGUUUUGUCCCAAACACAUACUGUAUGUAAUGUUUAUUGUCAACUUUGAAUGCUUGAUUCUGAUUGGUCAGAAAGUGUUGAUUCAUUUUCAUUAACUGUAGGUUUAUACAAACGUUUGUGGUUAUUGUUUCUAUAGUAACAGCUCGUUCAAAGCGACUUGCUUAUAUCUUUAUAAAUGUUUUCUUACAGCCAGGAGACAUUUAUGGAAGGAGUCUCUAGUGUCGGUACUUUAUAGCAGUCAGAGGUAAAGCUGUAAGUUUUCAGAGAAAAGUGGAUUUUCUUUACACCUUUGCGGUUUUUCCGGAACAUGAUGAGCUCUUUUAUUUGUUUGUUUUUGUCUUAUUCGCUUUAAGGCCGGUGAGGGGACAACUGGUUAUAGGUGCUCUAAUGUGAGUGAAAACAAAAAUAAACUUGAACUUUAUUGUAA